AAAUUCUCCAUUCAAUAUUCAGAGUUGAUUGUAAGAAAAGUGUUGUCAAGUUGUGGUUUAUUUUGUUCCCUCAAACCAGGACGAACUCCGUUAAUUGUGGUUACCUAAGCUCCCUGUCUCUUGGACGACCUUCGCUAAAUUCGUGCUUACCUAAGCUCACUCCAACUCGGACAGCCUCCGUUUAUUCUGGUUACCUAAGCUCUCCCAUACCAGGACGAUCUCCGCUUAGAGCUGUGAUUACUUAAGCUGGUGUUACAACACGAAUUUAAUUCUGAAAGAGAAUUUGUUAAAUCCAAGUGAAACUAAAGCAGGAUGCUAGACCUGGCACCACAGAAGAACAAAAAAAGAAGUCGGUGUUUCAGGUUUUGCAGUCUACUUGACGAAGAUGCUACCAAACCAAACUACAAGGUUAUCUUUCUCAUCUUCCUUUCAUUGUUCUCCAGUGCCAUAACGCUGACUUUUAUUUUUCCAUUCCUUCCCGAAAUGGUGCGGACAUUCGGCUUUGAUGAGCAAGACAAAGGUUAUUACGUUGGCAUCAUAGCAUCUUCAGUGUUUGCAGGUCGAGCAUUGGGAAGCUACUUCUGGGGUUGGCUCUCUGACAAAAAGGGCCGAAAGAUUGUCCUGUUGCUGACCGUUUUGGGAAACGGUGUUUUUUCUUUGAUAUUUGGUUUCACCAGUAAUUUACCAAUGGCCAUCAUCACCAGGUUCCUGACUGGAGUUACAAAUGGAACUGUUGGAACAGCUAAAACCAUUCUUUAUGAAAUAUCCGAUGACACAAACCAGGCUCUAGCAAUGUCAAUAUUAUCGCUGUCAUGGGGUGUUGGUCUAUUUUUGGGUCCUGCAUUUGGAGGUUUUCUUGCAUCUCCUGCCAAAAAAUACCCAAACUACUUUGAUCCAAACGGAUUUUUCGGCCAGUUCCCUUACAUGUUGCCUGGUGCUGUGGCUUUUGUUAUUGCUUUUUUUGUCUUUGUUGUUGUCUUCUUGAAAAUGCCAGAAACAAAAUCAACCCUUUUAAAUAACUCAUUAAUUAUUCAAUCAGAGAAUACCGAAACAGAAGAAAAAAAGAAUUCAGACAAAAAUCCCAAAGGUUCUGCCAAGAAUCUUGGCCGUACAUCUUCUCAGUUGCUUGAAAUUGAGGGUCAUCAUGUCGAAGCAGUGACUGGUGCCUUCCUGGCCCGAAUCCAAGAAGAAAAUUCUCUCGACCAACAGUUUGGUUCUAAAAGUUGCAUAAGUCUUCCAGAGGAGUUGAUAUAUGGUUCCAGGGACUUCGAUACUCAGAGCGCCAAACUGAGCCCAUCUCGAUCAUCCCACUCAAUUGUUCCGUCCAGAAAUGUCAGUCAUACAAAUCUGCAACUUCUAAAGAAUGAGUCAUUUUCAUUGCUACCCAGUGAUAUCCAUUCAAAACUCGAAACGGGGUCAUUCACUCUCGAAAUCAAAGACAUAUCCCAACCGAAUCGUCCCCAGAUCGUUGUCAAUCCUCCAGAACCAAAGGUGACAGAUAAAUUAAUGACUGAAAAUAAUAACAGUAAUGAAGAGCCUCCUACAAAACGCACAAAUUCUCUCUGUCAUAAGCUGAAGCAAAGCACUUUGAUAACUCUUCUCAGCAUGACAGAUGUCCGCAUGUCUGUUGCACUGUACACCAUUUUCUCGUUCGGAGUCAUUGGAUUUGAAGAUACGUUCACAAUAUGGGCAUCAACGGAACCACGGUUAGAUGGCCUUGGGUUCUCCACUGACCAGCUUGGUGUCAUCACUGGAAUUGUAGCCGUCCCCAUAAUGUUUCUACAAGUCUUCAUCUUUGCUCCUAUGGCUCGCAGAUAUGGAAUUCUUAAGGCAUUUCUGGCCAAUGUAUCGAUCCUCUUCCUCACGGUCACAUUAUGUCCCAUUACUCAUCUUCUCUACAAUAAACCCGUCCAACUCUGGGUUUCAUUACUGAUAUUGUUAAUCCCCCAACGUAUCUGUACCAGUUGCUGUUUCUCUGCCACUUCAUUGCUCAUCAACAAUUCUGUGACCCCUGAUAUUGCUGGGUCAGUGAAUGGGAUCGCCAUGACCUCUACGGCUCUUGCCAGGACACAGCUACCAUCUGUUGAAGAAUGGGACGUUCAUCAAAAGACAAGCGAGAUGUUUAUUACCGUUUAGCAAAAGAGGAAGGUUGGAGGGCUCGCAGUGCUUUCAAAUUACUCCAGAUCAAUGAUGACUUCAAGAUCUUUGAUGGUGUUCAGAAGGUUGUUGAUCUUUGUGCUGCCCCAGGCAGCUGGAGUCAAGUCCUGUCCAAAAAGCUCAG